AUGGCGCUGAUUACCUUGCGGUUCAUCUCGGGGGAGAGUCUGGGGAAGUUCCGCCUGGAGGAGUCGGACACUGUGGAGGCCUUGCGCGCGCUGGGCGACGCCAAGCUGCCGCUCGGCCAGCGCAUCCAGUCCCUGCUCCUUGACGAGGUUCCGGUGGAGAGCGGGCCUUUGGCCGCGCUGAACUUGCCGGAGGAGCCAGUCCUGGUGGCGGUGUUGGGGGAGCAGGAGCCUGAGACCUUCCUGGUGCACGACAACGGCGGCCGACCCUUCAAGGUCAACGUCUUGCGCCGGGACGAGGCCUCUCCUGGCAAAGUCUCAGUGCACCAGCAGGACCUUGACAGCCAGGAGAUGGCGUACAAGGACCCACCGGUGUUGGAAGAGAUGGUGGAGAGGGUCUUUGUCGGCACCAGCCCCAGAGACGGCAAGGACUUUGACGGAAACACGCUUCUUCUGCAGAAGUCCGCGACCAAGUAUAUCUUUGUUGGGCACUGCGUCUUCUCCUUCGAGGCCGAGGCGGAGAUUUGCAGCUAUUCCUCCCCCGUGGGCAAUAGCGACGUGCCCUACCCUUUCGCAGUAGACAAGCACGGCAGGAGUUACCUGCUGCUUGAGCAGGUGGUUCUGAAAGACGUGCCAGAAGGAGAAAGCGAUCCAUACAGGUACUACUACAGUGACGAUUUCCAGAAGAAGCUGCACUGGCAGCUGCUCUGGGCCGGCCGGCGCAUGAGCUUCCCCGCGGAGGGGGCGGCCAUGUACCAGCGCAUGAUGAAGUUGGUGGAGGAGGGCCAGGCGGAGGGUGAGUUCUCGGUGCGCAAGGGGCCGGCUGAAGGGGGCAGCGUAGAGACGCUGGACAGCGAGGCGGCCUUUGUGGAGGUUGUUGAGACGAUGAGCCGGGCCUAUGGAGUAGGACACCUGAGGGGUCGCGAGGAACUCGUCUCCAGAUUGUGGUGA